AUGUUAAGAUUAAUGUACGUUUGCCUUUGUUUUCUUACGCUUGAAAUCGGGAUCGAAAGUUUUGGAAAUCCUUGGAAGCUUUAUCCACAUGGACGAAGUAUAGGAGUCAAUUAUAACCAAUGGCAAGGUCGUCAACGUUUUCUUCUUGAUUUGCUGCUCCAAGUGCAUAAGCCUUUGCUCAAUGAGGAGCUCAUUGCAAUGGGAAGCCAACUAAACGAGGAUCCCAAUGAAUAUAAAGAAGGCUCCUGGAGAUACAUUAACGACUUUCUGGAGCGUGUUAAACAGAAUCGAGUGACACGCCCUUUUGGAAUAUAUAAUCAGCUGGAUGAGGAAAUGCCCCAGAACCUGCUAGGAGUCUAUCGAUUCCUUAUCCUGGCCAAGGAUUGGCCUUCCUUCCAGCAAAACGCCUGUUAUGCUAGGAUUCACUUUAAUCCCUUGCUCUUUGUAAAUGCCCUUCAAAUGGCAUUGGCCGAAAGGGAGGACACGAAGGAUCUGCGAAUGCCAGCCAUGUAUGAAGUGCUGCCACAUCUCUAUUUCGAGAAGGAGGUGAUCCUGGCGGCACAGGAAAUCGCCUGGCAUCAAUUGACUCCCAUCAGAUUGGUGACACCCAAACGAAGAUGGAAGGAUAUUCUUCUGCGAUUCCGUAGUCCCAGAGAACCUUGGUGGGAAGAGGAACCCAUUCCAGCGGAUCCUUUGAUUAUAAACAAUGAAAGAGAGGUAGCCUAUCUAAGUCUUGAUUUGGAACUAAAUUCACAUUGGAACAAUCUCAUAAAUCGGUUGGUUAUAACCAUUGAAGAAGCGAAAGAACAGAUCGACAAUCCUAUUAUUAUUGAUGGUGAUCGAAUGGUAGCAUUUCGAGGAUCCUUCAAUGAAGAUAACUUUAAAAAUCAGUUGGCACUGGGACCACAUUUUCAGAAUUUCCAGUUAUAUAUCUACAAUCUAAAGCAACUUGUGGCUGCUUUGUCCAUGGAGGAUUUGGCAACAGGACAGAGCUCGAUGCAUCUUAUUGAUCCACCUUUAAUUACAACCAAUGGAGUUCCCUACAAAACCACCUCUUUAAAUAUGGAAGCUGUAAGACGCAUUUUAAAUUUGACAGUAGAAAACCUUAACGAACAAAUCGAUGAGGCAGUUAAACAUAAAAACAAUCCCUUGGAUAAUUUAUCAAUAGCAGGACAAAUGAUAGCCAAUAAUUAUCUUCACAUUUGUAGGCAACUAAGCCUGGCUGUAAAUGGCAAUGAAGUAAAUCAACCCAAUAUGCUGGGAUUAUCCACUUCGAACCUCAGAGAUCCCAUAUAUCGAUCGCUGCUCUUUCGCCUGAAUGAAAUUUUAAUGGGUUAUGAAUAUAAAGAUCUAUCAAGAGUAGAAAAAGAAAAAGUGAUUCCAUUAAUAGUUGAUAUCAAAGUCAGUCCCCUGCAAACUUUUGAGGAAAACAUAGACACGGAUCUCAUUAAUCUGAUUGAUCAGCAAUUGCUUCAAUCGCACCGAAAUAAUUUGCAAUUCCUGAGGAGACAUCUUGUGGCAAGACAAAAUCGUCUUAAUCAUGAACCUUUUAGUAUCAGCUUGGAUAUAACAUCUGAAGAUGAUAUCACUGUUCAGGCAAAGAUUUAUCUAGUAGUACCAAACAAAUCAAAACUUCGUUAUCAUCUAGACACUUUUAGAUGCUCUCUAAAGAAAGGAUUGAAUAAAUUUGAACGCGUUUUUCCAACAGCCUUUUCUGAACCCACUUUAAACGAACUCUAUGAAGCGGAUUACCCAUCUAAAGAUGAAAAUAGCUCCAACCGAUUUCCCCCACAUCUAUUAUUGCCCAGAGGGACUAGAGAAGGUCUCAAACUUCAAUUACUUGUGGAACUCUCUGUUUGGACCGGUUGGGGACAGGACUUUGAUGGAAUGGGUUCCCCUGUCCUAACAAAAACUCUGAAGGAUGUGAUAAUCUUUCAUCGCCAGGCCUAAAACUAUUAUGCGAUAAUAUAUGCUAAGUGCCUAAACUUCUUAAUUGAAUCCUCCCUCAUGGAAACACAUAUGUCUGAAUUAGUAUGAUUUUGUGGGAAAGGGUUUCAUAUCUCUAU